CUCAAGGCAGGCUCGAAAAGUCCCGGAAGUGACGUCGAUCCAAAAAUGGCCGCCUUGGGACUCUUUUGAGGGACUUUGUUUAUUUAUUAUUUUAUUUAUUAGGUACAAGAAACAAAAGAUUGCACUGUGAUAUCAGACGCUGGAGCACCUCGUGCGUCUGGGGAGAAGAGGAGGAGAAGGAGGUGGUGGCGUAACGCUAGCUAAACACCACUAACAAGGAACAGGAGAUACAGUCUUGAGAAGGGAUUAAAUGACGACAGAGCCAGGUUGAGGGUUGAACAUCCACACUGACCAUGGCAACACCUGCAAAUGUGCAGAACCCCAGUAAAAACUGGGAACUCAGUCUAUAUGAAUUACACAGAACUCCUCAGGAAGCAAUAAUGGAUGGAACAGAGAUUGCAGUUUCUCCACGUAGUCUCCAUAGUGAGUUAAUGUGUCCAAUCUGCCUUGACAUGCUGAAAAAUACCAUGACAACCAAGGAGUGCCUGCAUCGUUUUUGCUCAGACUGCAUUGUAACUGCUUUGCGCAGCGGCAAUAAGGAAUGUCCAACCUGUCGUAAGAAAUUAGUGUCUAAACGUUCUCUGCGUCCUGAUCCAAAUUUUGAUGCCCUCAUUUCCAAGAUUUACCCAAGUCGAGAUGAGUAUGAGGCACACCAAGACCGAGUUCUAGCAAGACUUAGCCGUCUUCACAACCAGCAAGCCCUCAGCUCUAGUAUUGAAGAGGGACUCAAAAUACAAGCUAUGCACAGAGCUCAGCGAGUCAGAAAGCACCAGCAAGGGUCUGAUAAUACCACCUUCAGUGGUGGCGAGGAUAACUGUGAUAGUCGCUCUCAUGUGAGCCAUGGAUCUGCCCACGGAUCUACACACAGUGCUACCCAUAGUGCAGCUCAAGAGGCAGGGCCUAGUCGUAAACGAUCUAAGGCAUCAGAUGAGUCCUGUCCCGAUUUGGACCAGUCGCAUGAGGGGGGUGUGGCAAGUCCACAUGAGUCAUCUGGCUCAGAGAUUGAGCUUGUGUUUAGACCGCACCCCCUUUUGGUUGAUAAGGAUCAAUACUCUCAAACACGUUAUGUGAAAACCACAGCCAAUGCCACUGUCGAUCACUUAUCAAAAUAUCUGCCACUUCGUAUUGCUUUGGAAGAAGAGCAGAAAGCUGCAGAAAGCAGUACUCCCAGUUCAGCUGGCAGGGCAGUCAAUUUGGAGGAUGUGAGCGAGAAGCAAUAUACAAUUUACAUCACCACAUCGGGGGCCAGUUCACU